AUGGCCUCGCGAUGUCUGCAGCUCCUGCUCAUGGCCGUCCUCAGCUGCAGCUUCUUCCUCCUCGUCCGCCGGCCCCGCGACAGCCCGCUCGAGCGCCUCAAGUCCUUCGACCCCCGCGUGCUCGUGCGCACCGGCAAGGAGAUGUUCCUGCAGGACCCCCAGGACCACAGCAGCCAGUGCGGGCCAGAAGGCCCAGCCUACCGUCCGCCGAGCCGCCACCAGCUCCUGCGCUUCCAGGCCCCGAUCCCAAGGAAGGACGCAGAGAUCGACGACCAGGACUUCUGUCCCCCGCCCGGCCCCGGCCGCCGCGCCACCGCCAUCCUCAUCCCCAUCGGCCAGGGACUCGAGCCCUGGGAGACCGACGACAGCCGCUCCCGGACAUUCUUCCUCCGCAAGGAGGACGGCGGGGCGGAGCCCCAGAAGAGCGAGGUCGGCUUCCUGCCCUUCAGACCCCUGUCCGCCGACGACGCCCGUCUCGCCCGCCCCCCCCGCCUCGAAACCAACAUGACCGACAAACACCCCUGCCCGGUCUACUACCUCCCCGCCAGCCCGCUCUUCAGCCCCAUCCCGCCCCUCAAGAACCUCGCCAACGGCCCCCGGGAUCCCCACAGCGCAUUCGAGGCCAUGCUCCAGCGGCUGCGCGACUUCGGCUCCUCGCUCGCCCCGCCCAGGCUCUUCGGCGGCCCGAGCUGCCGCUCCCGCCAACACGGCCAGAGCGAACUGGCGCUCUGGGAGCGCCGGGGAUACUCCGAAUUCAUGUUCGGAUUCGCCACCACGCCCACCCGGGCCCUCGACUUCAUCCCGCGCUGGUCCGAGUGGCUGCCCUCCUCCGUCCCCCCCGCAGGCGACGACCCCGCUGACAAGUGGCGCGCAACCAGCGCCAAGUCCCAGCCGCUCCGCCGACUCACCGCCAGCGCCGUCGUCCUCAUCCCUCCCAAGGAAGAGCUCGACCAGGCCUGGGAGGUCGAGAGUGCCGCCCGAGGCGCCGGCCUCGACAUCACCCUCAAGGAACUCCCCGCCGACAGGUUCGAGAGACGGUACAUGAGUCUUGUCCAGGAAAUGUGGCGCGAGGCCCAGGAGAGAGAACGGCUUGGAGCCCCAAUCGUCCAAUGGUUCACGCUUGCCGACGACGACACAUACUUUCUGUCGUUGGACUCGGUGGCCCGGAUGCUUUCGAAAUACAACCCUGUCGAGGCGCAUUUCAUAGGCGGCCAGAGCGAGUCGGAGAACGCCAACAAGGCCUUCGGGAACAUCGCCUUCGGGGGGGCUGGAAUAUUCCUGUCACGAGGACUGAUCCAGCAGAUGAACGAGCCCGGGACAUUCGACAGCUGUGUCUCCUUGUUCGGGAAAGAGUUCGGCGGUGACGGAAUGAUCACCAAGUGUGCUGCAAUGGUCAUGCAUCGGGAUGUGCAACAAGUGGUCACCAGAGAGACCACUCUUCACCAAUUGGACAUCCGAGACGAAGGGCACGGGAUCUUCCAAGCCGGCUGGAGGUUCACCUCCAUCCACCAUUGGCGCUCGUGGUUCCAGCUCCAGCCGCGAGCCCAUCCACACACCCUGAAGAACCCCGCGACGCUCGCCAGUCUCCUGGGAAGUGCGGCCCGGGCGGUCGGGCCGGAGAACUGGACCCGCCGCUACGUCUGGGGGCUGCCUCCGCCGGACCAGAACGGCGGGGUGAGCAAGACGCCCAGCGUCGUGCUCUCCCUCGGAUACUCCAUCACCGUCCACGGCGCCGGCAUCCUCAAGACGGCCGACCUCGACCAGGUCGAGAUGACCUUCGCCCUCAGCAAACUCACCUCCUCCACCCGACCCGCCCUCCUCGAAACCAAGCAGCGCCGCACCUACUACCUCUACGACCUGCGCACCGGCUACUCGAACGCCGACCAGACUAACCUCAACCUCCAGCCCGACAUCGCCAUCAUGUCUCACAUCAACCAGGAGGGCGAAGUCGUCGAUCUCGUCUGGGAUGGUCGGACGAGGACUUCAAAAUCACUCGCCGAUACCGCUUACCAUGACAUCGGCCUCGGACAGAACUAG